AGAGAGAGAGAGAGAGAGAGAGAGAGAGAGUGCGGCUGAACGUGAACGACAUGUCGACAGUCAGCCUCUAAAGUGUUUUCUCGGUCGUUCCUUAAUUAUUUGGCGGCGGACUGAGUGAGUAUUACCCGCAUCCCUGCUCUGCUGAGCGUCGCAGUGUGGAUCCGAGAGGCUGGAGGGAAGACGCAGACAAUGAGGAAUGCAAUUGGAUUGCGUUACUCUGCUAAGGAUUUCCAUACAUAGCCUGUGCGAUAAAACGGCCUGAUGUCGGCCUGCAGGCUGCUGAGCUGAAAGGGAGAAGCAGCAGGAUGCAGUGGGUCACUUUGGCAGUGGCCCUGGGCUGUGUGCGCCUCUCCCAGGCGUCGCACAGCCCCACCCCUACCCCCACCUCCACCCACAGCCCUCUGGUGGACAACUCCGAGGAGGAAGUGGACGAGCCGUGCUUCGAGCCGUGCACGUGUGAGGUCAAGGAAGGUGUGCUGCACGUGCACUGCGAUGGGCGAAGCUUCACUAAUGGAAGCCAGGUGUCACACUCUUGGGUCCGCCCUUUCAAACUCAACCUGCAGAGAAACUCUUUAAGACGUCUCUAUAGCAACGGCUUUCAGCACCUUGGCAAUGCGGUGUCGAUAAAUCUCGGCAACAAUGGACUCCAGGACAUCCGAGUGGGAGCCUUUAACGGGCUGGCAAAACUGAGACGCCUGUACCUCCACGAGAACAAGCUGGAAGUCUUCAGAAAUGACACCUUUGCUGGUUUAGAGGCGCUGGAAUACCUCCAGGCUGACUACAAUGUGAUCAAACGAAUUGACAGCGGCGCUCUGAGGUUUCUCUACAAGCUCCGGGUUCUCAUUCUGAAUGACAACCUGAUUCCUGCGUUGCCUGCUCAUCUGUUCAGAGCUGUGUCGCUGACUCAUUUGGACCUGCGGGGGAACCGUCUGAAGAGCCUAGCUUAUGCUGGUACCCUGGAGUACAUCGGCCGUUCUCUGAUGGAGCUGCAGCUGGAGGAGAAUCCCUGGAACUGUGGCUGCGAGGCGGUGCAGCUCCAGCAGUGGCUGGGUCAGAUCCCCUACACGGCCGUGGUCGGGGACGUCACGUGUGAAUACCCGUUCCACCUUCACGGCAAGGACCUGAGGGAAAUACCCCGCAAAGAACUGUGCGCUGACCUGCCAGAUAAAGAGCUGCAGGGCGAGCGGGGAGGUCCAUCAGCUGGAUCCAAGCCUCAGGCCUUGCCCCCUAACUCUAAACCCAACUCACAUCCCGGGAGAGUCCGGCCCACUAAACCUUCAUCCAUGGUGCACGGAUCCCGCCAGAAUACUCACCCUUCCUCCACUUCAUCAUCUUCCUCCUCAGCAGAGCGUAGGGACAAGGAGAGGCAGCCGAGGCCGACUAAAAGGCCUCGGCCCUCCAGGACAUCCCCCACUUCCCGCAGUCUGCUGCCCCCCGUGGCCGGUUACCAAACACGGCCCCCCAUCCCCAUCAUCUGCCCCAUCGGCUGCACUUGCAACUUGCACAUUACAGACCUUGGUCUCACUGUCAACUGCAAAGAGAGCGGCUUCCUCAACGUGUCCCAGCUCACACCUCGGCCUCUGAACGGCCGCAAGCUCUACUUGAGCGGAAAUUUAAUCCAGAACAUCUACCACACGGACUUCUGGAAUUUCUCCAGCCUGGACCUGCUCCACCUGGGGAACAACCGCAUCUCGUACGUGCAGGAGGGGGCCUUUUCCAGCCUGAUGAGCCUGAGGAGCCUCUACCUGAAUGGGAACUACCUGGGGCGACUGAGCCCCCACAUGUUUCUGGGGCUGCAGAAUCUAAGGUACCUUUACUUUGAGUACAAUGAGAUCCGUGAGGUGGAUCCCGGCACCUUUGACUCCAUGCCUUCCCUUCAGCUCUUAUUUCUCAAUGCCAACUUGUUGCAGAGGCUCCCUCUCGGUGUUUUCUCUAGAGUCAGUCUGGCUCGUCUCAACCUGCGAAACAAUCUCUUCCUGCAGCUCCCGAUGGAGGGAGUGCUGGAACACCUCAAAGGACUGGUGCAGGUGGACCUGCAGCAGAACCCGUGGGAGUGCAACUGUGAAGCAGCUCCGCUCAAGCGAUGGCUCGAGGGGCUUAGCGCAGUGGUUGUAGUGGGAGAGGUGGUGUGUCACUUCCCCGAAAAAAACAAGGGUGUAGACCUACGCUCCGUCCCUAUGGAGCUGCUCUGCCCUGAGAUGGAGCCCCAGGAGGACCAGGACCAGGAGCAGAAGGAGCAGACAGCAACCUCUACCGCUGCAGAUGGAGGCGUAUCGGUUGGCUACCCCAGCUCAGGACUGGGACCUCUCAUCCCUCCAGGGAUAGAUUCGAUCCCUCUGUCGGUGUUAGUGCUCAGCCUGCUGGUGUUGUUUGUCUCUGCAUUCUUUGCGGCAGCGGCACUCAUCGCCUAUGCCCUCAGGAGGAGGGACAAGCUGCCGUUUCGUCGCCAGGGAGAGGUGGACCUGGCUGGCAUCCAGAUGGAAUGUGGAAUCUUCACCGAGCAGACUCAUCACCAUCACCACGGCCUCCCAGAGAAGCCGUCUCUACCUCUGCCUGAACAGAACCACGUCUACGACACCAUCCUACCCCCAGAGGCUGCUCCUAAAGGUCCGGACCCGGCUGCAGCCGCGCACAUGUGUAGCAACCCAAUCUACAAGGACGAGCAGGACGCGGCUGUGCAACAGCGACCGCAGCAGAUGUUCAUGGCUUCGACGGGCUGUGAUGGAGGAUACUGCCCUGCAGCAGAGAAGGGGAGGGACUGGGCCCGGGAGGCAUCGUCAUCUCCCAUCAACACGGUGACGGGAGCAAUAGGACCGCUUGCUGGCCUCCAUGGGAAUGGAAUUCUGUGCCCAACGGUCAUCGACAGCCAGGGCCCCACUCCCAAAGUGGAAUUGGUGGACUGCCUCUUCAGACUCCCCACGCCCGACUUCAGAGAGCUGCCAGACAGGUAUGCGAGGCCCCCACCCCGUUACCCCCACACCCAGGACUCCAAACAUGAAGUGAGACCUGACCAAAUGCUUGUGGUCACCACUCCCGGCUCCGCUGCCGGUGGUGGUGGUGGCCAUGACAACCAGAACCAGCUUGUUGCUGGAGAGCAGAGACCCAGACUGAAAACCACACCAGACUACAUGGAGGUUCUGGAUCGCUCUUACCAGUUUUAACACUCCUGUACCUCCCUCUCCCCCUCCUCUUGCUGCCUGUUCUCCUCUUGUCUCCUCACCAUCUCCCUCUCUGGUGAUGAAUCACCCAGAAACAAUGACUCCUGUACAGAGGGUGGCUUCGAGAGGAGCCUGUGGGGGAGUGGGACUGCACUACACAUUAUGUUUAUUCCUGGAGCUGAGGUCAGAUUUUAACCCCCCUCCCCCCCCACUGGCUCGUAAGUUGGUAUUUGGCAAGGAUUAUCCGAUCCGAGAUCUCUGCCUGGAGGCAAAACUUCUGCUGCGGUUACCACUGCAGUACUUUUUCUUCUUUCGCCUCUGCCGUCCUGAAGCACGGAGGGUCGGUUUGUCUACCAAGCACCACGUUUAGCAGGUUCAUGCUAUCACUCUCAAAAGACCUGUGUGGAGAUGAGAAGCACCAGCUCUUAACAACAUCAAACACAGAGUUGUAAACUAUGACAGCCUGUAGGUGAGGAGCGAGCAGGACCAGGAUGGAGAAACGACAGAGACAAAGCAAGAAGAAGGGAAAUAGCUGGAAUUAGCCAAGUGCCUUAGCAAUGAACAGCCAGCAGUGUGGUCAGUGCUUAUUUUUCUAUAAAUACAGAUCUAUUUAUCUAAACAAAGAGGUUUGACUACCAAUGGAUGGGACUCUGGUGGACUACUGAGACUAAAACCAAUCAAGAAGAAUUGCAUUCCCUGGAUGAGCCAAAAAUAAUAGUAUUCCCAGUCAGUAUCGGAGUUAUUCGUAUGCAGUUCUGUUUUUCUCCCUCAUCUCAUCCCUGUUAACUUGAUUUUUUUUUUCCCAGUUGAAUUCCCGACAGGGCUACGAGUGGGAGUUGUCCAGUAAAAGUUGAUUUUCAGAGUGAAUUUUGUAAAAAAGGGGGAAAAGAUGUGGAAAUUAAUACAUUUUUAUUUUUGUUUUUUCAUCAAAACAACUGGAGGACGAUGCGACAAAGGAUGCAUUUUGGAUUUCUUUCUCUGCCAGACUUAAUGAGGCCACAUGGACCUCUGCUUCACGUUUUGUUUUGUUUCAGCCGACAAAGGGACAGAGGUAUUGAGUUUUAAAAGCUUCUCAAAGGAAAAGUGAACGGAAAACAGGAAAGACAAACAACGGGGCAUAUAACGACACUUUUUGUUGUUUUAUUUUUUGUUUAUUAAAGAAAAAAAAGAAACUUCUAUCAACUACUGAUUAAUAUCUUUUAUGGAGGUACUUUUUAUGCUUUCAUCUCCUACCAAUCGUAGAGGCAGUUGUGAAUAUAUUUAUUCUUAGUUUUUGCGUGUUGAAGCUCUCCUGUAUGGGAUCAUGUGACAUUAAUGUAUAGGAUGAUUCUGCAUCUGGUUCAGCCUUCUUACCGCCGACCCACAAAUUACAAUAAAGGGUGCUACAUAAAAAUC